AUGGACUUAGACGCAUUUAUUGUCAGAGUUAAAGAGCACAAACCAAUCGACGAACGCGAUCUUAUCUCUCUUUUCAGAAUGGCUCAAGAUGUCCUAUUUCAAGAGGGCACUCUUUUGAACCUCUCUGCUCCAAUUUCGGUAUGCGGCGAUGUCCAUGGUCAAUUCUACGAUGUCCUUGAAUUGUUCGAAAUUGGUGGCGAUCCAAAGGAUGUAAAAUAUCUUUUCCUUGGCGAUUACGUUGAUCGUGGUUAUUAUUCCAUCGAAACAUUUUCACUUCUUCUUGCCUACAAAGUACGUUAUCCAGACAGGUUCUUCCUCUUACGUGGUAACCACGAAUGCCGUCAAGUCAACACACUUUACGGUUUCUACGAAGAAAUUGUUCAGCAUUUCGGCCAUGCCGGCCCAUGGAAACUUUGCAACGAAGUCUUCGAUAUGCUUCCAAUGGCUGCUCUUAUUGAUAAUCAGAUUUACUGCGUUCACGGAGGCCUUUCUCCAGCAAUCAAACUCGUCGAUCAAGUUGCUCUCUUCGAAAGACGUGCCGAAAUCCCAAGUACAGGCCCAAUAUCAGAUAUAUGCUGGUCAGAUCCAGAUGAUAUUGCUGGCUGGGGCCAAAACCAGCGUGGUGCCGGCUGGAUUUUCGGUUCAAAGCCAACAGAAGAAUUCUGCCAUAAUAACAAACUCAAGAUGAUUGCUCGUGCUCACCAACUUGCUAUGGAAGGCUUCCAGUGGCAUUUCAACAACCACCAAUUAGUUACAGUUUGGUCAGCUCCUAACUAUAUGUAUCGUUCCGGAAAUAAGGCUUCUAUUAUGGAAGUUUCUAGUGAUUUAGAAUGCACAUUUAAGGUAUUUGAUGCUGUUCCAGAUGAUAAGCGUGUUGUUCCAGAGGACAAGGUUCCACAAUAUUUCGCAUAA